CACACAAUACUCGGUCGGUUUUCUACUCAUUGAGUCUUGACCAGCGUGAGAAUAACUGCUUUAUAUUUUAGAAUUGUUUAUAAUUUAAAAGAUGAAGUCAAUGUUAUGUGGUGAAGUAGAAAGGGCCCAGUCAGUAUGAACAUAUGAAGUCCAGUAUGACCAUGAAUAGGAAGAAGAAAGGAGCGUCUUGUGCAGUUGGCGGGUGUUCAAAAAAUGUCGCAAAAAACCCCGAGGUACAUUUUCUGAAGUUUCCUGAGGACCCUUUUACGCGUCGAGGAUGGCUCAACUUUGUGAACGAAACAAGAACAGACUUUAAAUUGAUACUGGCGUCGAGGAUAUGCAGUGCACAUUUUGAGGCCAACUGCGAAGUAGAAUCUGUGAGACUCAAACGCCAAUUUGGCUUGACAAAACAGUUUCGUCUGAAGCCUGGUUCAGUACCAACAUUAAAGGAACCGUCCUCGAACUGUGCAAAGCCAGCAACGGCCACCGACACUGUCCCUGGCGGCAGUGCUAGCUACCGUCAUGACCGUAGCUACUGGGAGCCUCCGGCUGGCGGCAGGAGCAAUAAGAGCAACGAAGACCCGAACUUGCCAUUCAAGCGUCGGCGAUCAGGGGGAGCGUUUCAGAAAAGAGAACAUGCCAGGGUACUUCUCGAAGCUUUUCAAGCAUAUGAUGCCAAGUAUUGUGGAGGUUCGGGGUCAGGAGCAGUGUCCGUGCAUGAUGAACAGAAAUCAACAACAGGUAAAGAUAAAGAUGGUGGCAAGGUGCGAGAUGGUAAGCUACCAACCAAGACUGCAAGCUCUUCUAAAACGGCUCCAGAUGGUGGCAAAGUGCGAGAUGACGAACUAACAACCAAGACUACGAGCUCUUCUCAAACGACUUCAGUUGGUGGCAACGUGCGAGAUGAUAAACUACCAACUAAGACUGCAAGCUCUUCUCAAACGGCUCCAGAUGAUAGCAAAGUGCGAGAUGAGAAUCAACAAACCAAAACUGCAGACUCUUCUGGAACGACUUCAGAUGGUUGCAAGGUGCGAAAUAUUGACCUACCAGCUAUGAUUGCAGACUAUGCUACUGUGAUUAUUAUUUUUAAGGAUGGCAAAGUGCGACAUAGGAAUGGAUCAAAUGAGAUUGCAGUCUCUUCUGCGAUGCCAAAAGAUGAUAGCAACAUACCAGAUGAUAAUGCACUUUCUGAGAUUUCAGACACUUCUGCGGUGACUACAGAGGAUGGCAUGGUGCGAGAUGAAAAUGUAUCGACCAAGAUUAACGACUCAUCUCCGCUGACUACAGAGGAUUGCAUUGAAGUGCAGGAGCAGAUCAAUAACGGAGUUGAAGAUGGUGUACAUCUAUAUGAAGGGCUACAGAGUUUCAUUCCAAAUGAGUUUAGCAGAUGGGAGAACCUUCGAGAUCAAAUGCUCCCUCAUUCCGAUCUUCUUAAAUACACUAGGAGGGUCGUUGAGGAUGAGUUUACUUCAUGGAGUGACGAUGAGGCAUUUACCAGUUAUCUAUUGGACUGCUUAGAGUUGGAUCUGGCCCACGGAAGCGAGAUAAACCAAGAAGGAGAUGAAGACGAAGAAGUACAUACAGAGCUUCAUAGGAUAUUCCCUCAUGAAGCCGGACGAUGGGAGACACUAAGAGACAGAAUGAAGAAACUCCCAUACUUUGAUCGAUAUGUCAAUUAUCCAGACAGGCCUAAAUGGAGAACAGACGAACUGUUCACAUCUUGUUUACUGGAUCGCUUAGAGGAGCAACUGGAAAACCUACAGCAAGCUAAGAAGAGGGAGGAGUGGUCUGAACAAUAUCACCAAGAAGAAGAAGAAGAAGAAGAAGAAGAAGAUGUAAUAGUAAUAGAAGAUGAAGAAGAAGAAGAAGAUGUAGUAAUACUAGAAGAAGAAGAAUCAGAAGAAGAAGAAGAGGAGGAGGAGGAUGAAGAAGAACCCUACGAUGAUCCCAACGAUUCAGAUUAUGUGCCAGAGUAUAUCGAGCGACGCCCUCGCAGAAGACGUGGACUAACUCUUCUCCCCAAAAAAACAAAUGAAUCAUCGUCAGACAGCUGGGACAGUGAUGAAAUGGAAGAAGACACUGACAAGAUGCCAAAGCAAAAAGUGCAUCAGUGUAACAUUUGCAAGGAGCAUUUGCCAACAAAGGUCCACGUUAUUGAGCAUUAUUCGACGCAACAUAAAGAGGUGCAUAACAACAAAACCCCAUCUAAGAAGACCACGUCACUACCGCCUACAAUGAAAGCGGAAGAUUUCUCAACGGUGCUGUGGUUUUGUAAACAAUGUGAAAGUUACGUGGCAGAUUUGAAGCAGCAUAGACGAGAGAACCAUCAAGUCUGUCAAGUUUGUGGAUUUGUCAGUGCCUCGCAUACACUUCUACUGCAACAUAUGGAGCAACACACCAAAACUGAGGAGGAACGCAGAAACCUACUGUGUGAUUAUUGUGGAAAGCGCUACGUCACUCGGAAUGCAUUCAAAAUGCACCUCAAGGUGCAUCGCGGAGAGAAACUAAGGAAACAUAAAUGCGACAUUUGCAACAAAGUGUUUAUUAUGAGACAGGCUCUAAAGCAGCAUAAGCUAAUUCACAGCAAUGAACAAAAUUUUGAGUGCAAUGUUUGCGGUCGUCGGUUCACCCAGAAGUACAACAUGUUUAAGCACACCCGUAUCCAUACUGGGAUUAAACCCUACUCAUGUGACCUUUGUGACGAGUCUUUCAACCAUAACAUCAGUCUCAAGAAUCAUAAGAAGAAAAAACAUGGCAUCGAUUGGUGGAGUAAAAACAGUUUAGCAGUGACAACUCUACCAAAGUCACCUCGUCGAAAGUCUGCAAAAAAAGAAUCUCUACCAAAGUUGUCUCAACAAAAGUCUGCCAAAAAGGACCCUCUACCAAAGUCAACUCGUCGAAAGUCUGCCAAAAAAGACCAUCUACCGAAGUCACCUCAUCGAAAGUCUGCAAAGAAAGGACCUCUUCCAAAGUCACCCCUGCGAUUGUCUGCAAGAAAAAGAAAACAACUUAAAGGAAUUGAUCCCUAAAUGCUUAUAGGAACUUAAAGGAACCUAAAAGAACUUACUUUGUAACUUAAAGGAACUUAAAGUCAAAGAAGAAGCCAUUUGAAGAAUAAUUAAAACUUGUUUUGCGGGAACUAGUGCCCGAGCGGGCACUAGUCUUUGCAAAUAGUGCCAGGUUACAGCGCCCUCUCUGUUCUUAUAUUUCACAUAAAACACUUUUGACUGGCACAAUUCGGUAACUAGUGUACGUCUAUUCCCCUCGGGCCUGUGAGUGACCAGAAGAGGGGUCUAUUUCUCCUGGUCACUCAAAGUCCCUCGGGUGAAUAGACGUACACUAGUUACCAAAUUAUGCCAGUCAACAUGUGUAUACUGGUGAUGACUGAAGCAUGUUGAAACGUUGCUUUAACUCACUCUGGGGCAUUGAUGUGCACCAUCACAAAAUACUUGAAGAGCGGACUCAAAGAAUUUGUAAGAAUUAGACCUUCACUUUUGUUUACUCAUUAUAAGUCAUUUAUUAAAACAAAUUGUUUAAAUGAUGCAAGUUUGAUUUGUUCAAGAAAAUGCAACUCAAAUAAAUGCGGGGCUUUGGUGUUAUUCAAGGCUUGACUCCCUGAGUACAUGUAUACAUCACAAGUAGAACACUUGCUUACGACAUUACAGCACACACAACACUCAGUCGGUUUUCUACUCUACGAGUCUCGAAACUAUUAAAGGCAGUGGACACUAUUGGUAAUUACUCAAAAUAACUAUUGGCAUAAAAC